AUGGCGAGCUGCUUGUCCUCGCUCCGAUCCUUCGUUGGUCGAGGGGCGGACGAGAAGUACACGUUCGACGACGGUCGAUCUUCAUCCGCUUCGACAUUGGUCGAGGACAAGGCAAGUCUUUCGCUUUCAGAACCAAGCAAAUAUGGCACAUUGAAGGUCGAUAAUGAUGUGCUGAGGUCCAAAAGGUGUUCCUCACGAGAUACUAAGACGCAGCUCGAUGCGCUGCGCAGGGUGAUGAAAGAGGAAGGUAUACAGGCGUACAUCAUUCCUAGCGAGGACGCGCACGGCAGCGAGUACACCGCAAAGACGGACGAGAGACGCGCUUUCAUCAGUGGGUCAGUCGGAAGUGUAGCUUGUGCACGACAAAGCUGGCGCGGAGAGGGAAGAUCUCUGAUGUGCCUUGGCUCGCGCUCCCUCUACAGGUUUACUGGCUCUACGGGGAUCGCAAUCGUGACGCUUGACGGAGCGCAUCUCUUCACGGAUGGAAGAUAUCACGUUCAAGCUCAGGAGCAGCUUGAUUCAAAUUGGACUCUGCACAAAGUGGGAGUCUACGGCGUGGCUGAUUGGGCCGAUUGGCUCGUCGACGAGGCUUCCAAAGAGGCCGUCGCAGUCGGCGUGGAUGCGACGCUCGUCCCGUUCAGUGAGGAAUCAUAACAUCUCACAGGCGCCUUUGAGCCAUUCAGACUUGAGAAGCUGAUCGACGCACAAACUCGCUUUUGACACCUCAGCUACAUUGGCAGCGCUAUUUCCCCGCCUGACAAGCCGCAAUUCCUCUCUACAGUUCCCUACCCGGAAUCUUGUGGACGAAGUCUGGAGCAGCAGGCCACCACCAAAUUUGACGCAUAUCUACGCACAUCCAUUGAAGUAUGCAGGAGUGACGGCAGGGGACAAGUUGACGAGAGUGGUGGAAUGGUUGAAAAGCAAAGGCGCAGCUGGAGAUGGAAAGAACUUUCCCGAGGGCAGCGCGUUUUUCACUGCUGAGCUUGAUCAGAUUGCUUGGCUAUUGAAUCUGCGCGGUGCAAGCAUUCCGGGUAGUCGUGAGUAUAGUCUGGUGGUCCAAGUUGCAUCAUCCAGCAAGCGUCUGAUCAUACGCGUCCUAUUGCAGCUUUGUUUCCGGCGUAUCUGGUCGUGUCUUCCAAGAGCUCGGAACCUGUAAGAGGCUACCUUGCAACCCUCUUCGUCUCUUCGCUGCUCUUGUUGCCCGGUUCCGAUGUGCGCAAGUAUGUGGAGAGUCUCGGCGUCGAAGUAAAGGACUACGCGGACGUGUUUCCAUGGCUCUUGCAAGGUCGUUGGCAGGGCGGCGAGCAGCCCAGCAACGUCGACAGCGAUGCUCGAGCCAGACCUACUUUGGUAGCGGGAGAGAAGGUCAGCUACGCGGUAGUCAACGCUGUCGGAGAGGUGAGGAUACUGCCUAUCGAGGCCGCCUGUUGCAACAUCAUCGCACUGCUGAUGGUUCCAUGAUCGCUCGCAGCACCGUGUCGACCUAUUGCCCUCGACACCGAUAGCGAUCUGGAAAGCGUGCAAGAACGAGGCCGAGCUUGCUGGUAUGAGGGCUGCCUAUCUACGCGACGGAGCGAGCUGGGCGCGCUGGGCUGCAUGGCUUGAGGAGGCUGUCCGCAGAAGGCACAGGAAGGUGGACGAGUGGCAAGCUGCGCAACAGCUGCGAAGCGUCCGGGAAAAGGAUCCUCUGUACGCUGGGUUUGAUGCCUACCCAAGCAUCUCGGCGAGUGCUGAGGAUGCAGGUGGGUGGAGAGAGGGCCAGGACUUCGCUUGAUCAAACCGCAUCGGCCUUAGUCUCCUCAUUCUUGUCUUUCCUAAAGCUCUACCACAUUUCGAGACACCGGAGGAUGGAUCGGCCCGUGUAAUCGACAGACUGACACCCUAUUUGAUGGACAGUGGAGGUGAGCUUCUCAAAAUCGUGGGCAAUUCUGGCCACCUGGAUGCUGACACAGAUCCGGUCACGCAGGGCAAUACUUUGAUGGUGAGUAAGAUGUCUAAUUGAGCCAUACGCUGCUCAACGUUACUCAGGCGUCGAGCGGUUCGACACUAGGCACGAUCGACACGACUCGCACCGUGCAUUUCGGCAAACCCACAAGCGAGCAGAAACGAGCCUUUACUCGGGUCCUGCAAGGCCAGUGCGUACCGGUGCUGUAGCCGCGGUUCGGUCCAUACGCAUCAUUGAGAUUGACUGAGGCUUUUAUUUCCUGCAAAUGUAGUAUUGCCAUUCAGCAAGCCGUGUUUCCCCGAGGCACUACUGGAGCCACGCUUGACUGUCUGGCAAGACAGCCAUUGUGGAGAGAUGGAUACAAUUACUUGCACGGGACCGGACAUGGGAUUGGCGCGUUUGGAAAUGUCCACGAGGGUCCGCAAGGGUUCAGCCAGAGCUCUGGUGGUGCGCUUAUCCCCGUGCCGCUUCAAGAGGUGAGCGAUGAUUGCUUGUUCCUUUCUGUUGAAUUCUCUUACGAUUAUCGCCCUCCUCCUCAUGUCCAAACGAAUGCCAGGGCAUGUGCAUCGUGAGCGCCACAGCCUUCCGUUCGUAUGUGCGACUUCGCUGACCACCUCGCAUUGCCUUUCUCAGUCCGAUGAGCCCGGACACUACGAAGCCGGCAAGGGAGGCUUUGGCAUUCGAACGGAGAGUAUCUUGAUUGUCAAGCAGGCAAAGACGCACAGAGGCUUUGGUGGAGAAGAUGUGAGUAUCGCUGGAGCAAGGCGAACGAGCAUCUCGCUCACAACCGCCCCCUCGGUGCUCGCGCUUCCAGUCCUGGUUGGAGUUUGAGAACAUCACGCAGGUGCCAAGUGAGUCAUAAUUGCCCGACCAAGAUAUGUUUGCUGUCGUGCUCGCUCACCCUAUUCUUUGCGCCUUUGCUUGCGUAUUUAGUCGCGCGGAAUUUGGUGGAGCAUCAGCUGCUCACACCUAACGAGCAGGCGUGGCUGACGGAGCACAACGACAAGGUGAAGCGAAAUGUUCUUCCGCUGGUAGCGGAUGACAAGAGAGCAAUCAAGUGGCUGCAAAGCCAGUGA